GGGGGUUUAAGUCAGAACUGAGAACCGAGAAGAAUCGAGAGAGUCCACUCCAAAGUAUUUUUGUUUGAUUUUGAAUUAUGAUUUGCCUGCUGUCAGUUGGGUAAAUCACGUGGAUUUACAUACGCCUUUUCAAACCCUCCCCCACCAGAUUCCGCCAUUUACUCUUAACCUACGCUCCGCGCAUCUUAGCCCUUUCCCCUUCUACGUUCCUACUCUCUUAACCUACACCCCAUCCGCGUACUUUAGCUCCCCCCAUGCCGCUAUUUCAAUAUCUUUGUAUAUUCCCCAUGUCCCGAUUCUCUUUUUGUACCAAAAAACCCCACUCCCACAAAAAUAAAAAAGGAAAAAGAAAAAACAAACACUCUUUCUUGACACAAAAAUUAGGGUUUCUUUUGUUCUUAACAGACUGAGCUGCUCACUCACUUUGAAUCGAGGGGGGCUUUCAAAUGCCUUCAAAAUCUCGUGCCAAAUUGUCUCACCGGAACCCUAGAGAGUGCCAGAGUGUAACGCCUUUUGGGCGAUUUUGGCGUGCCCUUGAGUUUGGGAUAUUAGUUUAAUAUAUUCUCCGAUGGCGCCCAGCCGAAGGAAAGGCGCCAGUAAGGCGGCUGCUGCCGCCGCCGCUCGUCGCCAAUGGAAAGUCGGUGAUCUUGUCCUCGCUAAAGUCAAAGGUUUCCCUGCUUGGCCGGCCACGGUAAGUGAGCCUGAGAAGUGGGGCUAUUCAUCUGAUUGGAAGAAAGUUUUAGUUUACUUUUUUGGAACCCAGCAAAUAGCCUUCUGUAAUCCUGCUGAUGUUGAAGCAUUUACAGAAGAGAAGAAGCAAUCUCUUUUGAUCAAACGUCAGGGGAAGGGUGCAGAUUUUGUUCGUGCAGUCCAGGAAAUUAUUGACAGUUAUGAGAAGUCAAAGAAGCAGGAUGAGAUUAAUAAUCAUAAUUCUUCUGAUAGAGUCACUCAGGCAAAUUGUAGGAAUUCAGUGGACUCAUCUGCAUCAAAGGAUCUGACUGACACUUGUGAGGCAACACUAGAGUUUCGAUUAGGAACUUCAAAUGCUGUUACAAAUCGAAAUGAUCCAGGUCUUGCAACUGAGGUUGCUCAAGUUGAGCCAAAAAUAGAUGGUCUGUGUGAAAAAGAAUCUGUCUCAGAGCAACCUCCGGAUAUGAUGUUGGUUAAAGAGACAACCAUGUUAACAACAUACUCAUCAAGAAAAAAGUCUGGAGGUUUACGAUCUCAAAAACCUGUUGCACAGCAGAAGGCACCACCAGUUCGAAGGGCUAGAAGCUCAUCAAGGGUGGAAUCCUCUAGAUUCCAGAACUUUAUGAUAUCAUCUAAUGAUGUUAGGACUGGCUGUGAUGUAUCAGGAAAUUUGAUCCAGAAUGGAUCCCUAAGGAGGAAUAAACGAGUCAGGAAGUCUGCAGAUUCUUCUGAGAGUGAUGAUGUCGACUCAUCGGUGUUAAUGUCGAAUGGUAGCACUGAUGAUAAUGGGUCGGAAAUUGCUACUGUUGAUUCUGAUGCGGUUAGUUUGAAUGAAGGCAGCACUAUGGAUUCUAGUUCUAAACCUGAACACUCUGAGCCUGUUGUUGAGUGUUUGAAGGGAGAUGUUGAGCUGAGCAAAGGGCUUGAUUUUCAAAUAAAGGCUGUUGUCAUUAAGAAGAAAAGGAAACAGAUUAGAAAGCGGGUGAAUAAUGACUCUGCUGAGCCUCCUGCUAGAACAGAUGGAGAAACAGAUCUGGAUUUAGGAAUCAAUAAUACUAGGCAAAAUUUUGGGAAUACAUGUGAAAAUUUAAAUGAGAGAUAUUCCAAAGAUGAGGGAGAUGAGCACCUACCAUUGGUGAAAAGAGCGAGGGUUCGCAUGGGCAAACUGUCAGCUGCUGAUGAGUUCACUAGUUCUUCACCAACUGAAGAAAACCCUUUUAAUGAAGGUGGAGUCAAUUCAUUGGAGCAGAUGAGUCCGUCAUCAACCUGUCGAAAUGAUCCUUCUACUGAUAGGGACGCUUUAGCGUUGAAGGGAGCUUUGGUUAAUGUAUCACCUUCAAAGGUUGACACUCAAGAUCAAGGAAGUAGGCCAGAAUCUUGGAAAGCUGUGAGAAAUCAGUUAGGCUGUUUGGCAGGCAGCGAAGCUGCCUUGCCUCCAUCUAAACGCCUCCAUCGUGCAUUGGAAGCCAUGUCAGCUAAUGCUGCUGAAGAUCAGGCAUGUGAUGAACAUUCGCCAACCAUGAAAACAUCAGAUGAUCGAUCUCAUGGUUCUCCAAUGGUAAGUUGCUCUCAUAUAACUGUUGGGGACAAAGAGGCUAAUGGGUUGGAGCAACGUGGGAUGGAUUUGAUUGUGAAUAGUGAUUCUGGCAUCUUUUCCAUAUCAAACCCAAUACCUUCGGAUAAAUUUGCCAAAUCUUCUUUGGAACCAGAUAUUUGCGGUCAACCUGCCAAGAGUCCUAACAAUCAAAAGCAUGAAUCCCAUAAGGAUGUCUUUGUGGAGCCUUUGAACCAUUUUGAUUGUGAUACUCAUAAAGGCCUAAGUUUAGAACAUUUGUCCCCUAAUCCUGAUAAAAACCAAGGUAGCUUCACAGUGAAUUGUGGUUCUUCCGAUCAGCAGUUGCCUUCAGGGGAUGAUUCUGUCGCUGAACCUGUUGGCUUGAGCAAUUUUAGGGCUGAAAAUCCUGAUAAACAGUUUAAUACUUCAGAACAUGCUGGCAUGAGUUUGGAUCCUGUUAUAGGGACUGAGAAAACUGAUAAAGUUUCACCUCAGGGUGAUUCAAAUACGUUUCAGUGCACUGCUGAGCAUACCAGUCAUGAGAAAAGUGAGUCAUUGAAGUCUCAAACUGGUGACAGCUGCUUAGUCAACAGCAUGUGUGAGGUUGUGGAAGAGUUUCAACCUGAACCAGGGAAGAAGACAUCUUCUAGUCUGAUUUGUGAUGACAACUCAGACAAGGAUGGUGCAGGUAUACAGUUAAGUCUAUCUUCAGCUGAUGGGGUAGAUUCUCCUGCCAGGGUCUCUCCUUCCAAUGCCUCAAUUUGCCAUGUUUCUACCUCAGAGAGUGCUAAUAAUAUUCAAAGCAAUGGGUAUUGUAGUCCAAAUAUUCACUCUUGUCCCAACAAAUCUUUAUGUGUUUCAAUUACUGACGAUGAAGGUAGAACUGACUCUGUGGCCUGUGAAAGACCAAAAUCAGUCAGUAAGUUCAGUAAUUACACCGAAGCGCAUGCUGCUCUGUCAUCCUUUGAAAAUAUGCUUGCAAUCUUAACAAGGACAAAGGAGAGUAUUGCUCGUGCAACGCGCAUAGCAAUUGAUUGUGCAAAAUUUGGAGUCUCUGCUAAGGUUGUGGAAAUUGUUGCACGAAAUUUGGAACGUGAGUCGAGCUUACACAAACGGGUGGACUUGUUCUUUCUUGUGGAUUCCAUUACUCAGUGCUCCCGAGGUUUGAAAGCAUGGUAUCCAGGUGAUGUUGGUGGCAUCUACCCUUCAGCUAUUCAAGCUGCACUGCCUCGUAUACUCAAUUUUGCAGCUCCCCCUGGGCCUAGUGGACAGGAAAAUCGUCGGCAGUGCUUAAAGGUUUUGAGAGUUUGGCUGGAAAGAAGAAUCCUUCCAGAAUCUGUUGUUCGCCAACAUAUACGAGAGCUUGAUUCACUUAGUGUUUCAUCUUCUGGUGGUGCCUUUUCUCGCCGUUCAGCUAGAACUGAGAGAGCGUUGGAUGAUCCUGUCAGAGACAUGGAGGGUAUGCUUGUUGAUGAGUAUGGCAGCAAUUCAAGUUUUCAGCUUCCUGGAUUUUGUAUGCCCCGAAUGCUCAAGGAUGAGGAUGAGGAUGGGGGAAGUGAUUCUGAUGGAGGGAGUUUUGAGGCUGUCACACCUGAACACUAUUCUGGAACCCCUGAAAAACAAGAGGCAAAUCCUGCAACUGAAAAGCGCAGACACAUUUUGGAAGAUGUUGACGGUGAACUUGAAAUGGAGGAUGUUGCUCCCUCUGAGAUUGAAAGGAGUUUAAUCAGUGGUGCUACUGGAGUCAAUACUGCACAAACUUCACGAGAGCAGUGUGAUCAGCACUUUCCAUUGCCAUUUGCCCCUCCUUUACCUCAAGAUGUGCCUCCAUCAUCACCACCAUUGCCAUCGUCCCCGCCACCACCUGCGCUGCCACCCCCACCCCCGCCACCUCCAAUUGCUCCUCCUUGUCCCAUUUCUGAUCCCUAUGCAAACAUUGUUGAUUCAACAAUUCAUACAAAUAUACAUAAUAGGGAAGAUGAUUUGCGAUCUACAGUUCCACCAUCAGUUGCACCCAGAAUUAAUUCAACAAUGUGCACCAAUACAGUCCCUUAUCAUUGGCCUGAAUCUCGAGAUCUUCCAGUCCCUGUGCAGGUUUCCAAUUGUAAUACCUCUUUCAACAGUUACCCUGUACGUCCAGUGAAUAAUAUGCAACAACCUGAUGGUCCUAACUUUCAUCACAAUGCCUAUCCUCCGCGACCUACUUAUCCUGCACCAUCAAAUCAAUUCUCAUAUGUUAAUCCAGGCCAGCAUAUGAAUUCAAUGAGGGAUGCCCCACCUCCUCCCUACUCCAACAGAUACUAUUCACUCAACAUGGAUGGGGGAACUUAUUAUAAUAGCCAUGAGAGAAUGAAACAGGCCCCAAAUGAACUUAGAGAGAGCUGGAGGUUUCCUCCACCACCUUUCCCUGGUCCGCAGUAUGCUGAUAAAGCCAAAGCAUCAUAUGGUCACGGUUCAUAUGGUGGGCCCCAAUGUGAGCCAACAAGGUUUCCAAACCAAGGAUGGGGCUUCCACCCCCCUGCAAUGAAUCAGUGCAACUCCUUCCCUGUCAGACCACCUCCAGAAGGUGUGAUUCCUGUUGGAUCUAGAGCUCCAAGCAUUUGGCGGCCAAGAUGACCAAAUAUUACCAAGCAGCUUUAAUUGAUAUAAACCCCUUUUCUCGCGGCUUGUUGAAAAGAGUUGAGUCUUUUUAUGGCCCUAUAUUGUGUGGGAUGCAAGGAACAGAUAAUUCAUAUAUGAAUUUGGAGCGAAGAUCAGCACCAUCAGCGUUGCCGAUACUGAUUUUGUAAAUAUGUAAUCUAGCACCUCUACAAUUUACUGGGGAGGACAGUAAGACGAGCCUUACUGUAGAGAUUAGGGAGAGAAUUGUACUUAACUCUAGGUUGUAUUGUAUCAAAAUUUUUAUUUAUUUAUUUGUUUGUUUGUCUUUAUUUCAUCAUCGUCCCAAUAGGAACUUUAGCAAAAAUUUUUAUUGGGCCAUUCCCUAGAAACUUUUUUGCUUGGCACCCUCCCUUAGCUAGUUCUUUUUACCACCCCAUUUUGACUGUAAACAGUCUUUGCUAUUUUGUUAGUACCGUGGCAGAACCUCAGUGGAUCAGAAUGAACCAAAUGUAAUCUAGUUUCUUCAUUUUUAUUGUCUCAAAUAUUUGUACACAUAUACACGAAUUUUCCCAUCACGAGCACAAACUUUGAAAAUUAUCUGCCUUGAUAUGUUUUCAGAUCUGUUGUGCUGCCUCAAAGAUGUUUGAAAUCUCGAAUGGUUUCAUAUCUUUUAAAAAUGAAAAUGUUUUAUGGUAUGGAUCGUUUUAUAAUUUGGAGGAUAAAUCAAGAUUUGGUGUUUUGUAAAAAUAAAAAAUGAGAUUUGACGGAGUCGUGGACAAAAUUUUUAAACAGUGUUUGUUUUCGCCCUUCAAUUUAUUUGAUAGAUAGUUCUGCACUUUGAUUAUUGUUUGCUGCCACUCUUGCGGGCAACAAACCACUUCUCUGACUGUGUCUGACUAACAGCCUGAUUUACCAUUUGUAUUUUUUCAAUCAAAAUUUCAUUUCUUUUUGUUCGGCUUUGAGUAAAAGCAUCCAUCCACCAACUAUGUUUGACAUUUUUUUUUUCCCUUUCUCGGCCUUUUCCCCGAAUUUGUUAAGUUUUCAUCAAGGUUUCAAGGAGAAAAACAAACUUUGAAAGAGCGUUUUAGUUUUAAGAUUGGAUUGGAUUCGCUUAUAAUUGCCAACCUUGAGAGAAGUCAAAAAGAUUACUUUGGACUACAAAAUUUCCUUGUUAAGCUCAAUAAAUUGUAUCAUCGUUGCUCAUCGCAUCAAUGUCUUUAUUAUAGCAUAAGCUUCUUUACUCUGCAAAUUACAAUUACAUACCCAGCUGAUAAGAUAAGCCGAGAUCUCUUCCUUCAAUUUGUGUUGUAGACAUAUCCAAAAUUCCCAAAGUUUGAAUCCAACCCAGGAAACCAAAAUGGG